GAGCUCUGUCAUAUGCUAUGAUAAUCAGUGAAAGUACGGAAAAUACUAACAGUGCUUAGCAGUUAGUGACACACGUAUGUGAAAAUAUGGCAAGUUCGUCACGAAAUUCAAACAAGAUUUGUUGUUAUGCGCAUCCAGAUGCGACACUUAUUGAAGACUACAGAGCAGGAGAUCAGAUUUGUUCAGAAUGCGGAUUAGUUGUUGGAGACAGGGUGAUAGAUGUAGGUUCAGAAUGGAGAACAUUUAGCAAUGAAAAAUCAGGAAUAGAUCCGUCACGUGUCGGCGGACCUGAAAAUCCGCUCCUCAACGGUGCUGACUUGUCCACUAUGAUCGGGCCAGGAACGGGUGCUGCGUCUUUCGAUGGAUUCGGCACCGCUAAAUAUCAAAAUCGGCGUACAAUGAGUAGUUCUGACAGAGCUUUACUAAACGCAUUUCGUGAAAUCAAUGGUAUGGCAGAUCGUAUCAAUUUGCCUAAAACCAUAGUGGACAGAGCCAACACAUUGUUCAAACAAGUGCAUGAUGGCAAAAACUUGAAAGGUCGCUCAAACGACGCGAUUGCUUCCGCGUGUUUGUACAUCGCUUGUCGGCAGGAGGGUGUACCGCGCACAUUUAAGGAAAUUUGCGCCGUCAGCAAGAUAAGCAAAAAAGAAAUCGGCCGAUGCUUCAAAUUAAUUCUCAAAGCCCUGGAAACUAGCGUGGAUCUUAUCACCACAGGCGACUUUAUGUCCAGAUUUUGCUCCACUCUUGGUCUUCCCAACAUGGUACAGAGAGCUGCUACGCACAUUGCUAGAAAAGCAGUGGACAUCGAUAUCGUACCUGGAAGAUCGCCGAUUUCAGUUGCUGCUGCAGCCAUAUAUAUGGCGUCCCAAGCGUCUGAGGACAAAAGAUCACAAAAAGAGAUUGGAGAUAUCGCCGGUGUCGCAGAUGUCACGAUUCGACAGUCUUACAAAUUAAUGUAUCCGCAUGCAGGCAAACUCUUUCCGGAAGACUUUAAAUUCGCCACACCCAUCGAUCAGUUACCGCAAAUGUAAAGUUAGGCAAAUCUCAUUUCUUCCUCUUUCUUGAAGUACAUUCUACCAUUCUAAAAGGAAUAGUUAUUUUCUGUCACAAAUAAUCAAGUACAUAUAAUUGUUUUAUUCACAGGGUACAUUCCUAAACAAUCUAUAGGAUUCAAUAUUUUUAUCUUGAUGCGAAUAAUGGCAGAUGUUUUUUUUCUUUUAUGUAUUAUUGUAUCAUUUUUCUCACAAGUAUAUUCACACAUAGCUAAUUUAACAUUUACGUUCUAUAUAUCUUAUGCUUUAUUGUAGGAUAACUAUUAUUAGCAUAGUGUACGUUUCAUGCAAUAUGCAACUUGGGCUUUCCGUUAUUUUUCUUUAUUUGCAAAUUUAUAGGAUCAAGAGAAAUAUAUUUAAUAUUGCUAUUA